AUGCCUGCCACCACCAUGCAGCAAACCAACGGUGAAAUCCCCAAAACCAACGGGACUAACUCACAAGAGUCAAUGCUGGAGGUGCUUGCAUCUCAGGUGCAAGAAAAUGCGAAAGUCGUGAGCGAGUUUCUUCGAACUUCUGGCCAUGCAGCACCAUCUUUUGCCAGUGAUGCUCCUGCUACAUCGCUCCCAGCUUCUGCGCCUCCAGAGAUAGGUGCGGCACGACAGGCUCUGAUGGGAGCUGCCCUCCAAAUUUUCCACUUGGCUGCCGGCCCCAGUGAGUAUCUGCCGCAUCUAGCUGUCGGAUAUCAACACAUCGCCUGCCUCCGAUGGCUUACCCAUUUCAACAUCUUCAAGCUGGUCCCAUGCGAUUCAUCCAUUUCGUAUCCUGCUCUUGCAGCCGCAGCUGGAGUUUCGGUCAAGCAGCUCAAGACAGUGGCUCGCAUGGCCAUGACGAACCACUUGUUCUGCGAGCCAGAGCCCAAUAUGGUCGCUCACACAGCAGCAUCAAUGCUUAUCGCGACUGACUCCAGUUUCUAUGACUGGGCAUCUUUCAUGUGCGAGGCUUCGGUCCCCAUGGCCGCAAAAUUGGUAGAAGCCACCGUAAAGUGGACGGACAGUGAAGAGAAGACCCAGACAGCGUACAAUGUUGCGUUUGACACCGAUCUGCCGUUCUUCGACCAUCUAAAGACCCAGCCUGACAAGACACGGCAGUUCGCUAGCUACAUGAAGAAUGUGCAGAAGAGCGGCGGCACUGGAAUGCACUAUCUGAUUGAAGGAUUUGACUGGGCCAGCCUGGGCAAGGGAACAGUUGUAGAUGUUGGUGGUUCUAGCGGAGCAGCAAGUAUUUCACUUGCCUCCACCUUCCCAGACCUCAACUUCAUCGUGCAGGAUCUGCCCGAAAAUGCAGCAGACGGACAAGCAUUCCUGGCUUCACCGGAGCAACAGGAGAAGUUGGGCAAGGGAGUUACUUCGCGCAUCUUCUUCGAGGGUCACGAUUUCUUCCAGCCUCAACCAUUCCAGGGCGCAGAUGUAUAUUUGUUGCGUAUGAUUCUGCAUGACUGGCCGAAGAAAGAAGCCGUUAAAAUCCUCCAGAACAUCCUGCCUGCUCUGAAGGAUUCGUCUCGCAUCAUCAUAAUGGACACUGUUCUGCCGCAGCCAGGGUCUAUUCCAUCUGCCCAGGAGCGGCUUCUGCGAGCCAGGGAUAUGACUAUGCUGGAGGCGUUCAACAGUCUGGAAAGAGACCUGGAAGAUUGGAAGGAAUUGCUGCAUUCUGUGGACGAGCGGUUGACUUUGAAGAAUGUUGUCCAGCCUGUUGGAAGUGUCAUGUCUGUUCUCGAGAUUACCCUUGGCGGACGUGCCUAG